AUGAGUGGCCAGGAACCCAGUCUACCGCCAAUGGGACCGACACUUCCAGCGGCUUUAGCGUUCCGUAAAAACCUGGUAUGCUACUGCGAAGAUCCUACGGUCGUCGUGGAAUUCUUACAAGCUCUACACCUCCCCUACGCCUUGUGGGAAAAUUACGAUGACAUAGACGCAAGACCAAAGCCAGAGGCCGAGCAGGUGCUAGUGCUUCCGAACGUGGACAGGUUGUUGACGCUACAGCAAGACAAGCUUGCCAAGUUCCUGCAGGUUAUGAGGUCUCGGGACACACCGUUCUUUGCUGCGGUCGCGACUGUGUCGCCAGGCUUUGUCCCGUACGCUCAUUUUACUCCGUACCUCAAGCGUCAGUUUUGGUUCGCUUGCGCGGAACCAAUGACGGGCGGCGCUACAGACUUUAACGAGGAAACGCUGCCGCAGCUGCGCAACUCACUGCGCAAGGUCCACGUGCACCACUCUAUUCGCCGCUACGUUCUCGAUAUCAUUAUGCACCUACGAGUGCACCGUUUUUCCAGUCAGGCUUCAGGAGGUGGUUGCUCUACCCACUCUUUGCGUGAUAUUCUGGAACUUUGUCAAACGCUUGCGCUGGCCGAAGAACGCGCCUUCGUAGUACCUGACAUUGUCAAGACUGCUUCCUACUGGUACUUCCCGUUCCACCUGGAGCUCAUUCAGAAUCCCAGCCACGAAAUCUCGCUGCAGUAUGGCUCAGAUCCUGACCUAGUCGCACAGCUAGUGAAUGCAAUGCAGCAGUUUUCGCUACAAAGGGCUUCCGAGAUCCAUUACCCGCUCUAUUUUCAAUAUAUGGUGCUACGUGAUGUUCUCAACCUUGUUGUACCAGCUAUCUGA